AUGAGAAACUUAAUCAUUCUCCUUCUAAUACCUUGCAUCAGUGCGUCUGGUACAGGAACGUUCACCAGUUGUUCCGAUUGCCCUGAAAACACAGUCUGCCGGCCGUCUUCCCGAUCAGCAGAGUGCAUCUGCGCAGAGGGAUUUGUGGGAGACAGCAUUUCCUGCUACAACUCAACUGCGUGCAAUGAAGCCAUGGACUGCUGUCGUCGGGGCUUCCAGUGGUCCAGGGACUUGGGCUGCACCGAUAUCGAUGAAUGUGCAUUGGACAGUGACCUCAACACCUGCCAGCCCCAGUCUAGUUGUGAAAACACAAUUGGAUCCUUCCACUGUCUGCUAGAUCAAGUUAAUCAACCUGGGCCUCGCUCUGUGUCAUUCAGCUGUUUAAAUCAGCCCUGUCCAUCAGGCCAGGACUGUAUUACAGCUGGUGUUAGUCAGCACUGUGAUGAUCCAUGCAAAAACUACACUGUACUGGAUGAACCAUGGCGUUCCACUAAUUUUACAUUAUCUUCUUCUCUAAAUGCAAAAUGUGACAGUAAUCUAAAUGGGUGGUAUCGUUUUUUUGGGAAGGGCAGUGUAAGAAUGCCAGAAACAUGUGUUCCUAUGUACAGCUGUGGGGCUCACGCCCCAAUGUGGAUCAAUGGGAAACACCCUCUGGAGAACGAUGGAAUAGUUAGUCGCCAGUCCUGCGGUCACUGGGAGUCAAACUGCUGUAAUUUUAAAACCACAGUUCAUAUCAAAGCAUGUCCAGGCAACUACUACGUUUACAAAUUUCAAAGCACUCCUGCCUGCCAACUAGUUUACUGCGCAGAUUUUAAUACCACUCUGUGCUCGGAAAGCUGUUCUAAAGAAGAAGAAUGCGUUAUCAGCGAUGGCGUUAACUGGAAAUGUGUAUGUCAAAAGAAUCUGAACUACAGCACUGAAAUGUCGAGCCUGACACCAAAACUUGUGUGUGGGUCUAAGCUAAUACAGACUGGGCUGAGUAAGUGCCACAUGGAGUCAGUAGGCCUAAACAGCUCAUCUGUACACCUACUAAACAGCAGCUGCCAAGGCUUCGAAGACAGGAACGAAAACGUAACCAUGGUGAUGGCUGUGACGGGUCGUAGGGAAGGAGAAUGUGGCACCACCAUAUCAUCAAACGGGAGUCACGUGACUUACACAAACACCCUUCAUGCUGCACAUACUGUGGUUGGAAAUGUGAUUUUCAACCCGAAAGCUGAUGUCCAGUUUGCCUGUUCGUACCCACUGGAUAUGCAGACAAGCCUUCAUAUUGCUAUUAACCCCAUUGUAAGUACUCUGAAAAUAGCCAUUACAGGAUUGGGGAUUUCCACCGCCAAGAUGUCUCUUUACCAAACCCCAAACUACACCAAGCCCUACACUUCUGAGAAAGUCAGUCUGCCUAUUGAGUCCACUCUGUACGUGGGUGUCUUUGUGGAGGACAUUGAGGGUGACAGAUUUGCUGUGGUUUUGGAGAGCUGCUAUGCAACUCCUUCUCCAGAUCCUUCUGACCCUGUUCAAUUCUUCAUGAUUCAAAACAGAUGUCCAAACAAGCGAGGCUUCGUUACUGUACAAGAAAACGGAAUGUCUCUUCACGGCGCUUUUUCAGUCGAGCUGUUUAAAUUUGUGGGGAACUAUGACAGUGUGUAUCUGCACUGUGGAGUGCAAGUGUGUGACAAGACUGCUGAAUCCUGCACUCCGGGUGUCGGCUGCCUCCAGUGGAUUCCUCUGCCAGCACAGGACUUGCAGGAGCUUGGAUGA